UGACGUGUGUGGCAAAUGGUGGAUUGCGUUGCUUUUUGUCGUGCUCCGUGUAAAAUAUUUACGUAAAAUAGUGUUCAUUUUGUGGUGCAGUGUUUCUGGCUUAUAUAAACAUGUCGGAAACACUGCCGAAUAAUAAAAAGCAAGUUCCACGGCAGCUGCGUGAACGCAAGCAGCGAAAACUUUAUUCUGAUGAGUGGGCCCUUGGUGAUGAUGAAGCUGAGGGUGGCCGGGGAUUCUCCCUGGCUGAUAAGCUGGAUAGUUCAAGAUUUGAACAUUCCGGGGAUGUUUUGGAUAUGCAGGGCUCUGAUCUAACCAUAACAUAUCUCCAAAAGCAUGGAUUCACAACUCCGCUUCUGUUCAAAGAUAAAGCAGGAUUAGGCCUAAGAGUGCCGACCAGCAAUUUUACAGUGAACGAUGUGCGCAUGUGCGUUGGAUCGCGACGCCUUCUCGACGUUAUGGAUGUAAAUACACAGAAGAACAUCGAAAUGACUAUGAAGGACUGGCAACGCUACUAUGACGACCCAAACAAAGAGCGUCUUUUGAAUGUGAUUUCCCUAGAGUUUUCUCACACGCGUCUCGAGAACUAUGUACAGGCUCCCCGUAUCGUACGUCUUAUUGACUGGGUCGAGACUGUAUGGCCGAGACAUUUGAAGGACCAACAGACGGAGUCAACUAACGCCCUGGACGACAUGAUGUAUCCCAAAGUUCAAAAGUACUGUCUGAUGUCUGUGAAGGGCUGUUACACAGACUUCCACAUUGACUUUGGUGGAACAUCUGUCUGGUAUCAUAUACUGCGAGGGGCAAAAGUAUUCUGGCUAAUUCCACCGACAGAGCGUAACCUUCAAUUGUAUGAGAAGUGGGUGUUGUCUGGAAAACAAUCUGAUGUCUUCUUCGGUGACACAGUUGAAAAGUGUAUACGGGUUCAUCUUCAAGCGGGACAUACAUUCUUCAUACCAACUGGUUGGAUACACGCUGUAUAUACGCCAAGCGACUCUCUGGUCUUUGGGGGUAACUUCCUCCAUCAGUUUGGUAUUGAAAAACAACUUAAGAUCGCCCAAGUUGAAGAUGUUACCAAGGUGCCACAAAAGUUCCGUUAUCCAUUCUUUACGGAAAUGCUGUGGUAUGUGUUAGAUCGCUAUGUGUGUGCGUUACUCGGUCGGUCUCAUCUUGCUCCUGAGGGUCAAAACCCACCUCCAACGGCUCCUAAGGAUCAUAUACAUCUUACUCAAAAUGAGCUGCACGGAUUGAAGGAAAUAGUGCUGUAUCUGCAUCAAUUGCCUGCAGCACGUAAAUCAGUCCCCGAAUUACUCAGCGAUCCCAUAGCAUUAGUUCGGGAUGUGCGUACCUUGGUGGAACAACAUCGUCAUGAUAAACAACAACUUGCGAUUACUGGACAGCCCAUAUUGAAAGGCCCAGAUGACGCUGGCGGUGAAAGGAUCCGCCAAUGGGGUGGCGGUAGAGGGCGUGGUGGGCAUCGCGGUGGUCCCGCUAGACCACGUCCCGAACAUGCCAAUAACGCACCUAGGCGACGCAGAACCAGAUGUAAGAAAUGUGAAGCCUGUCAGCGUACAGACUGCGGAGAAUGUGUGUUCUGUCAUGAUAUGGUCAAAUUUGGAGGGAUGGGACGGGCUAAACAGACUUGUGUUAUGAGGCAGUGCUUACAGCCAAUGUUGCCUGUCACAGCAUCUUGUGCAGUUUGUCAUUUGGAUGGAUGGAUGCAAACUCCGGUUGCACCACAGGCUAAAGGGAACUCUGGUCGCAACGGUCCAUCAUUACUUCGUGAAUGCUCAGUAUGCUACAGCAUAGUACAUGAAACCUGUGUACCAGCUGGAGGUCAGUUAAAUGAAGACUUGCCUAACUCCUGGGAGUGUCCCACUUGUACUACUAUGGGACUUAACCAUGACUACAAGCCGCGCCAUUUCCGUGCCCGUCAGAAGUCUUCCGAUCUUCGUCGUAUGAGUGUUAGCUCUGACGCCAGCCAACUCAGUCAGAAUUUACAAAAUAAAUUACCUCCUCCAUCAUCAAUGUCGGUGAAGACUGAAGCCACUUCUGAUGCUGAGAAUAAGGGUGAUACGCCAGUUAAAACUGAAAUGGACGUGAAACAAGACGAUGAAGUCAAAGAAGCAGGCGAUAGUGCUGAUAGGGGUGAGGACUGGGAGCCAAACAGCAAGAGGCGACGAGCCAGUGAUGAAGAUGAGGCACCGAAGAAACAGGCUUUGAGGGCGCAUUUGGCUUUGCAGCUUACUCACCACUCGGCUAAGAAUCUAAAAAAACCAUUAUAUCCGGUUCGCCCAGCUCCGACGUCCGGAUCAAAUAUGGCUGGCACUCCUUGGCUGGAUCGAGACGCGAUGUUGAGUGUCUUUGCAAAACUCACCCCGCAUGAGUUAGCCACUUGUGCGCUUGUAUGCAAGUCUUGGGCAGAAUAUUCCAUGGACCCGUGUCUAUGGCGCAGCAUGUCGUUCGUACAAGUGCGUGUAUCGGCCGCUCAGUUAGCAGGCAUUGCCCGACGACAGCCCUUAUCUUUAGGCCUUGAGUGGUGUCAUUUGGCACGACGACAACUUGCCUGGUUAUUGGCAAGGCUUCCAGCCCUUCGAUCAUUAUCUCUUGCUGGUUCUCCUGCCGAGGCAGCCCUGGCGCUUCGAUCAAGCUCGUGUCCACCAUUAACAUCACUGGAUCUGUCUUUCGCUCGUUGCCUGGACGACGCGAAACUCCGGGGUAUUUUAGCCCCACCGGAGAACUCGCGCCCAGGUGGUGGUGCCCGUUCGGGGACUGAGCCGUCUCGUUUAGCAGCACUUGCCGUCUUGCGGCUCCCGGGAACUGAUAUCACUGAUGUUGCUAUGCGAUAUGUUGUUCAGGCUUUACCAAAGCUAGUAGAACUCGAUGCGUCGUCCUGCGCACGUUUGACAGACGCGGGCGCAGCACAGUUGGCACAUCACGGCCUUCGUCGAUUGUCUCUGGCUGGAUGUCGAUUGUUGACCGAGGCUGCAUUGGACCAUCUUACUCGAUGCCCUAAUCUUGAGCGAUUGGACCUGCGACACGUGCCACUGGUCUCAACACAGGCUGUGAUCAAAUUCGCAGCCAAAUCCAAGCAUGACUUGCACGUUAAGGACGUUAAACUGGUCGAGUUGAGGGCCACCUGAUCCGAGGAGGACGUGGCGGAGACCACGUCAAACGAUGACGUCAUCAAUGACGCCGCUGACACGCAAGAAGCUGCUUAAGUGAUUAGUGACUUGUGAAAUUUUGGUUCUAAGUGAUAAGAGUAACCUAAAACUUGAAUGUGUAUGUGACGUCACAGAUGUCGUCCACGUUUACAGUGACUUGGGUGCUGUGAUGAUUGUUGAAACCAAAUGGUACCUUAAGGUAAUUUUAAGCUCAUUUUAGUUGCAGUAGGCCUGUAUGACCCUGUUUAAGUUGGUAAUACACGAUUGUGGAAAAAGGAGUGUUAUUUUAUUAGGGUUCAGAUAUAAGAUUCUUUAUAACUACCGCAAUGCCAUCAUUUGAAUUUUGUAUCAUUUUAUCUAAAACAUAAUUCCCAAUUACUGUUUAGUAGGGUUAUUUCAGGCAAAUAUUUGCUUAGGUUGUAGUUAUAUUUUUGCAUGUUGACUGAGUUAUUAUAACUCUUUGAAUAUCAUAUUUAUAAUGUAUUGCAGUUUCUUUGCACUUUUCAAAUUAAUUAAUCACUUAAUUAUCAUACUGUCUGGAAACAUCCAAUAUUUAUCACAGUAAAUAUGAAAAAUUGUGUGAAUAUUUUUGACAAAUUUAUCUUUGCCCUUGGAAUUAAGAUGUCAGAAAUCACUUCUCCAAAAAACUAAUCAAAACUGAUACAUGGUGUAUCAAAACGAUUAUUAAUCUAACAUCUAAAUAGUAUUUUUUGGAUUGAAAUAAUAAAAAUUUUAAAACACCUUUGUGCCAACAUAGCACAUGAUUUUUAAAGCACAAUCUACAAAUUAGUUAAAAAACUAUAAAUUUUAUUGCAUGCUGUUGCAUUGAUAUAUAUUUUAUUUCUUUUUGUUUUUAUGUCUAAACUUCAAAAACUCAGUCUGGCUUGAGUAUAUAGGAUAAUAUUCAAGAAACAUGAAUAAUUUAGCAUAGCCAAGACGUCACGUUUGUGUUAAGAUUCUAUCAACUAAAUCCCUAGUUUCAUGGGAGAAUUUUAACAAAAUAUAUCACCUAGAUGCAACAUAACCUUAAAAUUUUAACUCAUGUAUGAGACCGUUUUAGAGAUUUUGAGUGAAAAAUGUCUCUGAAUUUUAUCCUUACAUCGUUGGUUUUCACCAGUGUAAAGAUUAUUGGGAAGUAUAUAAGGAAAUUUGAUAGUUCUUUAUAAUAGUAUAAUUUAUAUACCUUUGUAUAAUGACUUAAUCUAAUGUUUGUUUUGAAUUGGUGAAAACCAGUGCUUACCUGUAUUUGAUUUUUAUAUAUGUAUAUAUUUAUGAAUCAACGGCAGAUUUGGUUUUGAGUGGCCUAUGACUUUAAGUAAUGAUUAUUGUUUACUCCAAAUAGACUAAUUUUAAGUUGCUUUUAGUUUCUUAGUUCUAGUCGCUUAAUAGGAAUAUUAAUAUAUAGAGGCUAAACAAUUGAUUUUUUUAAAUGCAUUUAUGUUUAAUUAAAGCUGUCGAAGUCAUUGAACUUUCGAUGAUUUAAAUGCAAUUUUGUACUAAAAAUCAAUUGUUAGUAGAUUUUGUAAAAUAGUAUAAUGACUGGUCAGUUUAGGUCUCACAGCCGCCUAUUAUCACUUAGGCGAAUAGUUUCAAGUAUUAAUGUCUCAACUGUCAGAAAUUUUUUUGUCAUUUGAGAAAACUUUUUUGAUCCCUAUUUGCUACAGUUAGAUAAGCUUAACUUCAUUUUUUCAUCUACUUUGAGUUUAAUUUCAUUUGAUAUUGGGUAAGUAGUUAAGCUAUAUAAAAUGAAGCUUUAAGACAAUAGUUAUAAAAAUUUAAGCAGUGCUGUGUAAUAUUUUGGUUUUUGAAUGAAUAAAUUAUUUGCAGUAUAGACUAGUUAAAAAUUUUGUAUCACCUUGCUCAUUAUAACAUCAUAAAUUUCUUAACACUUGCUUUACAUUAGAUAAAUUACUUGACUACUUAGGAAAAUUAAAAAAAACUUACUUUUAAUAUCAAUAAAUUUUGUUGUUUAUAACAUCAACACCUAGCUGUAUUAUUGUUGUCGAUAACUUAAAUAUCUUUUGAGAAUAUGUAAGUUAUUGACUGUAUAGGUAAUAAGUAUUGUGUGCCUCUGUGUAUAGACAGUUAGGAUUUAUGUGAAGGGUACUCAGUUACAGUAAAAAUGGCUUUAAUGAGUUGUAAGAUUAGUAACAACAAAUUAUAUAUAAUCAAUUAUAUAUUCAUAUGUUUCGGCAGAUGGAAAAUUAGACAAACUUCCUGGCUUAGCUGGUUGUUUUUGAGAUUUUGAAUAAUGACAUUUUAACAUCUGACAUGACAGCAAUAUAAAAGAUAAAAAUUACUACAGUAGAGUGAAAUUUAAAAAAAGAUAAUGGUUUAUAAUAUAGAUAUUAUAUAUUAUAGUUUUAGACCUUCCACAAUCAAAAGGCCACAAAAGUACUUCUGGCACUCAAGGUUAUUCAUAGGCUGCAGUUUUGGCACACAGAGACAAUAUAGAUAUUUGAGUCUUAUUCCCGAUAAUUGAAAUGUAUGUCAAUAAAAUAUUUUUGACAUAUGGAACGAGUCUGACGAUAUCACCCUGACACUAUUGUUAACAUAAUUUUAUUCUUAUUGCAAUACAUUUAAUUUAUUGCAAUUAAAAUAUAAUUAAAUACACUUGUUACAGAAAACUGAAAAUACCUUUUUCUGUUCCACCUUUUUGCCUAUGUCUAAUACUAUAUACAUAGGGAGUUAUGUACUUCUAAGUGAGUACCCUACAUGUUACUUAUAUUAAGAAUUAAUGUAGAUAGUAUUUAGUUUAAGAUUGAGAAUUUUGAAAGACUUGGCUUAGCUGGCAACUGGAUUGCAGAUAUGGUGAUAUUAUAACGACUAUAAGUUAUAGAUUUUAUGUUGAAGAGUCUUAUUGUAUCAUUGGUUACCAUAAGCACUUAUAGUAUUUGAAAUAAAUAUUUACAAUGA